CGGAGAGUGCACGUUUCCUCCUCGCAGCUGACGAACAGGGAUGCACCGAAAAACAACAAUUUACCCUUAGAGUUUAAUAUGAUCUGAGCUGCUGAUCUCUCCUAAAUGGUGCCUGGUGUGCAUCAAGACGGCGAGUUCGUUCUGGGGUUCAUUGCAAAGAAAGUGGGCGUGGGCAGACGUGCGUAAUGCCUGUCGCAGACACGUCACAUCAUUACAGCAAACGUAGCUGUUAGAGUUAAGGUUCGUACCGGGCUGAAAGGAAACGUCACGAGAUACAACAGUUUGUUUUUGUCCUGUAGAAAGACGUUUAAAUCGUCCGACUUGUCGGGCUCCGUCAGUCUGUCCGUGAUUCCUCAUACAAUCGUACCAAGCCUAGUUACGGCUGAUGUUUUGGCCUGCACGAUUAAGACCUUUCCUUCCUUAAUUUGCUUAAAGGUGCGGUUUGUAACAUUUUAAGUGCAUUUCUGGGCCUGUAAUUAUAUAACAUUUCUAUACACACACCAUACAAUACUAUACAGAUUUGACACGUUUCCCAGCGACUGAUCUUGCUAGUUUUUCAUUUAGGACUAGGUGUACGAUUUUUAUUUAUUUAUUUAUUUCUUGCUCAGCCAAUUUGCCACGCCCUCUUUUCCGUAAGAGGCAACUCCCGAGGCAUGCGCGUGCUGCGUUCAACUCGGCCGCAAUUCCAAGUCUUGUCAUCUACGAGAUGAUUCCCUCCAAAAUCCAUAUGUCGAAGGUGUCAAGGUAGAAAUCCACUUUCGAAGUCGAAUGCAGCGGUAGUUUCACGGCAAGGAGCGGGGUCGGUUUGGAGGGCUGUAAAAAUAAAAAAAAAGUUCAUCUCAGACCGCUCCUUUAAUUUGUCGUCUAAUAUUCUAUCUCUGCAAAUGGAAGGAAAGUACUAAACUGUGCAGUACCGUGUGUGUUAGGCUGGGAGUUCAACCAUUUAACUAUACUCUUAUCCACUUUAAUCGUUAAAGCGGUGCAUAUCUCAGCGUACAGGACUUAUCAUUUCCUAAACCGCGCUCUCGGAUCUGCUAAGCAGUCUUUCAUUAAAGACGAGAGGGAAGGGACAGACGCUCUCCUCUGAACGCUGCCGUGCAUGUAGUGGUUAAAAUACCAGCCCUGAGCGGGACGCGCUUGCAAGGACGUAUCUCUUGCUCUAACACAUACACAUGAACGUAUAUAAGGGUUAUUAAAGUUAUCAGUGUAUCAACAGUCUGCUCCAGGAUCUUGGACUUGCCGAGACCGAGACAAGCGGCAAAAAAAAAAGGUACUACAAAGGGGACAAAACGGACAAACGCGCUCAUAUUCAUUAUCCUGCUCAUGUUUUGUCGUGCCCCUUCACCACCACCACCAGUUCAUCAUUUUAGACUGUCUCCUAUUAAAAAUGUUCUCUUGUUUGUUUGUGUGUGUGUGGUUUUUGUAGUGGAGAAGGCAAACGCAGAGCCCCCUCCCUGAAGGCUGAAAGUGGUCCUCUCCCUGCCAACAGGCGACUGUAGGCAAUUACAAAACGCCAGCCGCCACACCUUUUUGCCCCCAAUCCACCCCUCUCUUCUUGUUUGUUUCUCUCUGUAUUACUCCCCCCCUCUCUCUCUCUCUCUCUCUCUCUCUCUCUCUCUCUCUCUCUCCCCCCCUCUCUCUUUCUCCUAGGUGUAUAUUAUGUUAAUUGUGCGUAGUUUGCCGACAUGCCACUAGUUCUCCACAUAAAACAUUGUGGUUGUGUCAAACAUUUCCUUUUUAUUUUUGUUUUUUUUAAACCACUGAAGUGACUCCAUAUGGAUUGAUCCAGACAUUGUACAUAUGAAAUAUUAUUAUAAGCUGUUUCUUUUUUUCUUUCUUCCAUCUUUCAUAUCAAAUGAAAUACACAUGAUGCUAGGAUUGGGUUCCUGAGGGAAGAGGAAGUUAGGCUAAAUAAAUAAAGAAAUAAAUAAAUAGCAUUUUCACGUUAGCUAUGUGGUUUGUGAUGUACUAGGUGGACUCCACAUGAUGUGUGAAAAAAAAAAAAAAAAAAGACGGGUGUGAUUUUCUUUCCUCUCUUUAACAGUGGUCUCUUUGUUUUUGUUGUUGUGUUUUACAGUUCUUUUUCCUGGCUCUGCCAGUCCUGUUUACCAGGCCGUGUCCCGAAAAUGAAAAUCGAAAAUACAGCCCUACAGUUUUGUCUCCUGCAGCAAAUCUUUUUUUUUUUUUAUCUUCUUCCCUAAUGUGCUUGUUCAUUAUUGUUUUUCUUUUAAAUGUUGUCAAGAUUGCAAAGUUCAUCCAUGUGUUAUGACCUGACCAAAUUGUGAAAUAUCAUCCUCCGUACACGCACAAUAUUUCAGGCUUUUGUUGGGACUGAAGUUUAAACAACAACAAAAAAAAAAAACUUGAAGCAUUUGCUGUAAGAGCGUAAUGUGAUGUAAGAGCACGUGUUAGCAUGUGUGCUGUGGUUAGGCUAGCGAUCCUGCGAGACACCAGGUAAGGACAGUCUCCAGCAAAAGCCCAAAAGAGUUUAAAACGUGACGUGCAAUUGAAUGUGUAGUCGUAACUCCUCCUUCUUCUUUUUUUUUUUUUUUUGUAAGUGAUUUUAGUGAAGGAGAAAAAAAAAGUACUUUGAAGCAUUAUUUACUGUUGAUCGCCACAAUCUCUGAACGUGUUUUUGUGUUGUGUAUCUCGAUCUUUCUCUGUGUGCUUUUAGCGAAGCUGCCAACGUGAGUCGCUUGUUCAUAAAACGUCUAUAUGAAAAGUUGAAAGCACAUCACCCGGAGAAGCCACUGUGCUCGCUCACGUUUGGUUCAUGACUUAAAUAACACGCGUCCAGGUGUGAUCCCGGACGAGUCGAAAGCUCUGUCGCUGAUGGCGCCUGCCAACGCCGUGGCCGGGCUUCUUCCAGGAGGAGGACUGCUUCCGACCCCCAACCCUCUUGCAUCGAUGGGAGGUGGUGUUCUGGGUGCGCUCGGUGGUCCCGCCAUGUUACCUGGAGCCGGCAUGGCCCCCCAGGCUCUCUCUGCUGAUCAGAUUCUGAAGCUGAUGACGUCUGUGGAUCCAACGAUGAACCCGAUGGCAGCGAGCAUGGGUCUGAAGUCAGACGCUUCCAACAAGGAAAUCGAGGAAGCCAUGAAGAGAGUCCGAGAGGCGCAGUCGCUCAUCUCGGCUGCGAUCGAGCCCGGCAGUAAAAAAGACAGCAAGCGCAAGCAUUCCCGCUCCAGAUCCAGGUCUAGAUCCAGACGCAGGAGAUCCCGCUCUCGCUCCCGACACAGGAGGUCGGGCAGCAGGUCUCGGAGACGCUCGCGAUCCCGGAGCCGCAGACGCUCCCGAAGCCCCAGGAGGAGGAGAUCCCGCUCCAGAGACCGCGGCCGACGCUCCUCCAGCAAAUCCAGGGAUAGAAAGAAAGAGGAGAAAGACAAGAAACGCUCUAAAACGCCUCCAAAGAGCUACAGCACCGCCAGGAGAUCUAGAAGCACGAGCCGGAGACGAAGAAGGAGCAUCAGCCGAUCUCCACGGAGAUCUCCUAAGAGAAGAGCAUCCAGGACACCAUCACCAAGAAGACACAAGAAGGAGAAGAAGAGAGAUCGGGAAAGGGAGAAGGACCGAGAGCGCGAGCGGGACAGGAGAGUGGACCGCGAGCGCAGUCGCGACGAGUCCGACCGCUCCUCCACCAAGAAGAAAAAGAGCAAAGACAAGGAGAGAGAGCGGACGUCCGAUAGCGAGAAACGAGACGUGAAGGUGACGCGAGACUACGACGAGGAGGAGCAGGGCUACGACAGCGAGAAGGAGCGCGAGGCGAAGGAUUCCGACGAUUCGGGCUCCUCUCCCGCACGCUACGACGACGGCGACGGCAGCAAGCACACCCCGAAACAGGCCAAGCAGAACGGGGACGACCACCACGAAGAACAGGACAUGGACGUGAGCGACUGAGACCCAACGAACUUUUGAUGGAGGAGCAUCCUGAUUUUCGAUUCGCCCUCGCGGCUGUGCGUCUUCUUUAAUAAGCUCCGAAUUUAACCUCGCUGUUUCUCGAUCGUUUAGACCUGACCGAUUUGGGUUCAGUAACAGCAGAAGUAGCCUGUUUUUUUUUUUUUUUUUUUUUUUUCCCUCUUUCCAUCUUCUGAUCGCAUAUAAUUUCUCCUGUUUUGGCCUUAAAAGGGAAGGAUGGUUAAUUUCAGUGUUUCUCAAGACGACUCCUACAUUACUUUCCCCUCUUUUUGUUUUUCAGUAAAUGACACAGAUAGAUGGUUUGUUUUUUUUAUUAUUUCUUUGUCAUCACUCUUAAUAAUGUGUCUAACAGGACAUACUGUUUAAUGUAAACAGAUCUCUCGUUUUUGUGUUGGAGAAAGUUUUUGCCCCUCUCCCCCCUUCCCCCUGUUCAUCAUCUGUUUUGAUACCGAUUUGGCGUAAAUGUCAUUUUAAAUAGAACGAGUUCAUGAGACAUGUACAUGAUUAGUGCUUUAUAUUCCUAGGCUUCAUAUUCCGUAGAUGGCCAUCCUGGAGUUUGAAUUUUUUUAUACUGUAAAUAAACUCACUUGAGUCAAA